AUGCUCCGAGAAUUGGUUAUUGCUAGUGCGGUGCUCUUAGACAGAAUUAGAAAGCCAUCUCAUCAGAGAAGCCAACUUUGUCCACAUCUGGGAAUUUGUAGAAGUCGGUCAUUGAAGGAAGGUUUUGGGAUUAUCAAAUAUAAAUCCUUGCAGUGCCCUGGAGUCAAACCUCAACUACUUAGAGUGACUUUUGAUAACAAUAGCAAAAUCAAUUCAGACUGGUUGUGGACUGUAGAGUUGAGUAAAGACUUAAAAGUGAAAGAAACUUGGGAAAGUAACUCCAGAUGCACAAAGCAGGGUCAUCAGAAGCCUCUCGAUUCAAAAGAUGAUAAUACCGAAAAACACUGCCCAGUGACAGUGAAUCCUUGGCAUAUGAAGAAAGCUUUUAAAGUCAUGAAUGAAUUAAGAAGUCAAAAUUUGCUGUGCGAUGUCACAAUUGUGGCAGAAGACAUGGAGAUCUCUGCGCAUAGAGUGGUGCUGGCUGCCUGUAGUCCUUAUUUCCACGCCAUGUUUACAGGUGAGAUGAGUGAGAGCCGGGCAAAGAGAGUUCGAAUAAAAGAAGUGGAUGGCUGGACCCUGAGGAUGCUGAUUGAUUAUGUUUACACUGCAGAAAUUCAAGUUACAGAAGAAAACGUACAGGUACUUCUCCCAGCAGCAGGUCUGUUACAGUUACAGGAUGUGAAGAAGACUUGCUGUGAAUUUCUGGAAUCCCAACUUCACCCUGUCAACUGCUUAGGAAUCCGGGCUUUUGCUGAUAUGCAUGCAUGCACAGACCUCUUGAACAAGGCCAACACCUAUGCAGAGCAACAUUUUGCAGAUGUCGUACUUAGUGAAGAAUUUCUCAAUCUUGGCAUUGAACAAGUGUGCAGCUUAAUCUCAAGUGACAAACUCACCAUUUCCUCAGAAGAGAAAGUAUUUGAAGCAGUAAUAGCUUGGGUAAACCAUGACAAGGAUGUGAGGCAAGAAUUUAUGGCUCGGCUGAUGGAACAUGUACGGUUACCUUUGCUUCCUCGGGAAUAUUUAGUUCAGAGAGUUGAAGAGGAAGCAUUGGUCAAGAAUAGCAGUGCUUGUAAAGAUUACCUCAUUGAAGCGAUGAAGUAUCAUUUGCUGCCGACAGAGCAACGAAGAGCGUCAGGACCCGACUGAGGACACCCAUGAAUCUUCCCAAAUUGAUGGUGGUGGUUGGGGGCCAAGCACCCAAGGCCAUCCGAAGUGUGGAAUGCUAUGACUUUAAAGAAGAACGAUGGCACCAGGUAGCAGAGUUGCCUUCCCGGAGGUGCCGAGCAGGGAUGGUCUAUAUGGCUGGACUUGUUUUUGCUGUUGGUGGCUUUAAUGGCUCAUUAAGAGUCCGCACCGUAGAUUCCUACGACCCUGUGAAGGACCAGUGGACCAGCGUUGCUAACAUGCGAGACCGGAGAAGCACUUUGGGAGCUGCUGUGUUGAAUGGACUGUUGUAUGCUGUGGGAGGCUUUGAUGGGAGCACAGGCUUAUCAUCCGUGGAAGCAUAUAACAUAAAGUCUAAUGAGUGGUUUCACGUGGCUCCAAUGAACACGAGAAGGAGCAGUGUUGGUGUAGGCGUAGUUGGAGGUUUGCUCUAUGCUGUAGGAGGUUACGAUGGAGCUUCUCGUCAAUGUCUUAGCACAGUGGAGUGCUAUAAUUCCACAGCAAACGAGUGGAGCUAUAUAGCAGAAAUGAGCACCAGGCGCAGUGGAGCAGGUGUUGGUGUGUUGAACAACUUACUGUAUGCAGUUGGAGGCCACGAUGGCCCACUAGUACGGAAAAGUGUUGAAGUAUAUGAUCCCACCUCUAACACAUGGAGACAGGUUGCAGACAUGAACAUGUGCAGAAGAAAUGCAGGUGUCUGUGCAGUUAAUGGUCUGUUAUAUGUUGUUGGAGGGGAUGAUGGUUCCUGUAACUUGGCAUCGGUGGAAUAUUAUAAUCCAACAACUGAUAAGUGGACAGUUGUGUCAUCAUGUAUGAGCACAGGGAGAAGUUAUGCAGGAGUCACAGUUAUUGAUAAACCGUUAUGAGCCUGAAGGACAUUUUCAGCAUAUUUACACAUGAGAAACAGGCUUCAACAAGUAUUUCUGAAGUGACUGAGAAUCUAGCACUUCUCCACUUGUAGCUGCACUUUAAGUCUCAGCAGAAGAUAAGAUCGUCUGCCUUUAUAGGCCUCGGAUGCUGAAGAUUAUUUUUGGUAGAAGCACCGUGUAGGCUUUUUCUGCAAUGAGCAGCAGCUGACUGAAUUUUAAUAAGAAACCUGGACUGCAGUACUUCUUCUGUAGUCCUUGACGACAGUUGCUUUCAUAAAGACUAGUCCUUACCAACCUUGAACAACUAUGGAUUAUUUUGUGAAGGAGGAUAAAGUAAUGUGUGUUCUCGUAAAAUUAAAUUUUAUCUUUAUUUCUUCUCCUGAAAACUGUAUACCCAGGAACUGAAAAUCUACGUAAGUAUACAAACUAGUUGAGGGAUAAAACUGUUUGCUUUUAUAAAAUAUCUUUGAUUACAUGAAUAUAAUAAAUUGUGUGCAUAUCAAUGUGUGUCUAUAUGCUUUCCUUUAAAUAUGUUUGAAAAGAAGUUUGAAAAUUGAUUAUACUAUUUAUAAUUGGCACAGUACUUUGAAUUC